UUCAUGUCGCACGUGUUUAAUUUUAGGUUAUGAUGUUUGUUUAUCCUAAGUUCAAGUACGAGAAGGAGCUUCAUACAUAAGUUUAAUUUUAAUACGUUAAAUAUGAAUAAUAAUAUUGUAGAUCUUCUUCAACGUUCUCUAGAGUUUACUCCAAACAAUCAGUAUUUUAAAGACUUUUUGGAGUCUUGUCUUGAAAAUGGAGUUUUUCAUAAGAAGGAGAAUGCAGAAACCAUUAUAAAACAUAUCAACACCAACUUAAAUAAUUCAUUUGACAGAGAAAAAGGUCUUCUCUUACUUAUAUCUUUCUUACCUCAAAUUUCUGUAGAAGUGUUUUCCAACAAUGCUUUAUCUUGGAUGCUUCACUGCAGCAAGUUUAUCUACCAAAGAUGUGGAGUUAUUGACAGUCUUUCAAUCAGAGCACUGACAAAGCUGAUUAAGUUGUCUGUGAAGUUUCCAGAAGUGAAUAAAGAGACUGCUAAACAGAUUGUUCCAAGAUUUUUAUUGGAAAAUGUGAAGCAUAAAACGAAUAUUCAGGUUUCUGUAGAACUUCUAGAGUGUCUGCAAGCUUGUAUGUCUCAGUAUUCAGGCCCCUCGGGUGAAUUCAAAACUGACAUAUUGAAGCUGCUGUUGAGAACUGUCGAAGGGAAGCCAGCUGUGGUGGGAGUGGCGGCACGAUGUGUACCACUGCUAGCUAGGCUGGGAGGUGGGGGAAAGCAAGGUGCAACGUACAAGACAUCAUGGCAGCAGCAACAGUUAUCUCUUAUCACACUAUUGCACUCUCUCCUCAAUAAGAUAUACGACCAUAUCGACUGUGUCAUGAUUGCAGAGUCGACAUCACAAGGUGAGCUGCUAGAGUUGGAAUCUGUAAAUGAAAAAAAUGUGCUGUUAAGAACUCAGAGACUAGCAGCGCAGUUCUCAUCAGUGAGUCAGUUCCUGCAAUGUAUGCUGUUAGAAGAAUUCCCUGUUGCCAAGGCAGUAGCACCCAAUGCCAUUCUGGAUGUGAUAACUCAUGCUCAAAAGCCAACACAUGCUUCACUCGGCUCAUCCUUAGAAGCCCUUGCUGUCAUGUCUGUCUUACCUUCUAUUCAAGUGGCUGCCAUGCGACUUCUGGAAUCUUUAGUUCUGUGCUUGGGGCGUAAUAUUGUGCCACUGGGAAGCCAAGUCUGCUACUUGUGCUCUCAAGUAACUGUCUGGACACACCAGCAAAUCUCUGACUGGCCGUACGCUAUGGACAAGCCUUUUAGAAAUACUCGCCUAGCAGCCUAUUGCUGCCUGUACUCUUGGCUGAAUGUGGUUGGAACUGCUAGCAACUUGGAUAUGUUGAUGGAAAAAGUGUUUCCUAUCAUUUUAGGUGAUAUAAACGUUGAGAAACCUACUGUAAAACUCAAGGUUGGUUCCAAGAUGGGCAAGGGCAAGAAAAAAACUCAGAUGUUAGUCAAUGAAGAAGAUCACAGUGAGAAGCUAGGCAAUGAUGUUGCCAACAACCAGUUGUGUGAGAGAGCUGUGUUGGUGCUGUCCCUGAUGAUCAAAACUAUCGCCUCAACUGUUCAAUCAGAUAUCUACAAGAGUAUAGCAGAUACUAUAUUAAAGCUAUCCACUGAGUUACCUGUUCCAUACGGUGAUGUCAACUGCCGUUGUGCUCUUUACCAACUGCUGGUAACUCUGUGCCUACAGUUCCACCCUACUGUAGCCCCACCUCUGGCUCCUGCGAUUGCUGUCUUCACUUCUAACUUACAUCAUCCCGACCCUCAGGUGAAGUCUGUAUGUACAUCAGCACUGAACAGUCUAGGAAGGAUGGUUCGUCCGAUUGCGCCGACUCUCUAUUUCCCAUUACCCAAGGAAAAACCAAAGCCUUUGUCUAGAGAAAGUUCAGAGGAGAAAAAUGAAGCUGAUCCCUUGCCUAAGAGGAGGCGGAUAGAACUGAAUGAUGAUUCUGACUCUGUUUCUAUUGUAUCAGUAGUGACAGAGGAUGAUAAUUGUGGAUCAAAAAUCAAUACUUUAUUUAGCCAGAACAAAUUAAAAGAUCAAGAAAAAGUUAUUUUGGAAGUAUCCAACAGUUCAGAUGAAAUUGAAGAAAUUCUUACAGUUGAUACUCAACCAGAUGAAGAAGAAAGAACCGUUAAUAUAGAUGAAAAUAUAGCAGAUAAUGAGGUAAAUGUAAAGACAAACCUUUCUAUCAGUGUUGAAAGUGCCGAGAAUAAUAUUUUACCAAAUGAAGAUAUGGACAUUUCAUCUUUCAAAAAGCAAGAUAAUAAAAUAGAAUUAACUCAAUCAAACAGCAAACCCAGUACAGAUAAGGAGCAAACAGGUCUUAUCGCUAAUCAUCCACAUGAGGUGUCGGACAAUGUUGUUUCAGUAAGUGAAGCUAUACCUGAGCAAAAGGAUGCUGAUGUAGUUGAAAUGCUCAUGGAUUUCCAGGAUGAAGUUGGCAGUGGCAAUGAAAACUGAUUUUCAUUACAUUUCCUGACAAUUCCUGUCAUGGCCAUUUAAGAUUUUUUUAUUUUAGACAAAAAUCUGAAAUUUUUUUGUAAUUAGUCUGCUGUAAAACCCACACAUGCCCUAUGUAAUACAAUACAACAGAUCGUUAAUUUUAUACCAAAAGUUACUCACAAUUCUAGUUUGAUUUCUUUUGAGUUUGAUAAAAAAUACAGUUUUUUAUUGUACUACUUUAAAUCAGUAUUUUUUUGUUAGAUCGUGUCUUUGAUGAAAAACAAUAAUAAUUUAUGCUGUAUGAGUGUAAUAAAGGCAAUAUAAUAGUUUAUUGUUGAUCUGAAAUAUAUAAAAUUGUUUUAUCCAUA